AAUGAAUGAAAGUCAUGUUGAAAUUUAGUACAAACACAACUUUGAUUACACAGAGCAUAUAAGUCUUGAUCAUUAUCGUGGUGCUCCACACUGGGUUUCUAAAAGUUUGGCUGUAGCUGUGAAGCUGAAGAUGGCCCACUGCUGUUUUAUGCGCGUGCUCACUCUGUUUACGCUGGUGGCGCUGGUGAGAAGCGCGCGAGGCUGUCCGCGACCGUGCGCGUGCCCACAGCCUGGAGAGGUUCACUGCACAUUUCGCUCCCUGCUCACAGUGCCCAGUGGCGUGUCCCGACAAGUGGAGCGCAUGAACCUCGGGUUCAACACAAUAAACCAAAUAACAGACAGCUCUUUUGCUGGUAUGCGAAAGCUUGAACUCCUCAUGAUGCAUGGGAAUAAUAUUCAUAACAUUCCUAAUGGAGCAUUUCAUGACCUAAUAUCUCUUCAGAUGAUGAAGAUGAGCUACAACAAGCUGAAGGUCAUUACCAGACACACAUUUCAAGGUCUCUGGAAUUUAGCCAGGCUACAUCUAGAUCAUAACCAUCUGGAGUUCAUACAUCCGGAUGCAUUUCAAGGCCUCACCUCUCUCCGUCUCCUUCAGCUGGAAGGCAACCGUCUGCAGCAGCUCCAUCCAGCCACCUUCGCAACUUUCUCUGUACUCGGCUACUUCCCCAUGUCCACUCUGAAGCACCUGCACCUGUCUGAGAAUGGACUUACAACACUAUCGCAAAAGAUGUUAGUGACUAUGCCUCAACUGGAGAACUUGUUCUUGCAUGAGAACCCCUGGACCUGUGAUUGUAAGAUGAAAUGGUUCAAAGAGUGGAGCUCAAAUGCACCAGAUGUACUCAAAUGCAAGAAAGACAGAGCUUUCCCUGGAGGACAACUAUGCCCUGUGUGUUUCUCUCCAAGACAACUAAAGCAAAAAGAUCUUCGGGAGCUAGACAACCCAAAAUGCACUAGUCCUGUCAUUAGUGCCCCUCACAGGACCUCUGCCCUAGACACAGAGAGUGAACUCAUGACCUUAGAUGACUUCAUUCAACCCCUUGGGAAUGUUUCACUUGGCUUGUCAGAUGAACAUGGAAACCAAGUAGAUCUAUAUUGUCAUGUUAAUGAACCAACCAAGUCAACCAGAAUGAACUGGAACCAUGUUAACUCAUUUCAAAUUAAAACAAAUGUCACCCUGACAUUAGAUCUGGAAUGCCCAAUUGACAGGGGCACUUACGAAAAGCUAUGGAGACUUGUUGCGUAUUAUAGUGAUGUACCUGCUCACCUGAAAAGGGAGAUUAUGUUAAGCAAAGAACCUCAUAUUAGUUACAGGUAUCGCCAGGAUGCAGAAUUGGAUGCUGUUUACUUCACUGGCGUCAAAGUCAAUAUGGUGGCAGAACCUGCAUGGAUAAUGCAGUCAACAAUGAACUUACGAUUAAAUAGACCUCUAUCCACAAGUAAAAAAGUUAGACUCAUUUUCAGCACCCAUCUAACACAGCUGGUAGAGGCAGAGGAAGAGAGGCAAAAGAGGAGACAGUGGGUUUUGAUAGAGUAUAGAAACUGCACCAAGAUAUCUCAGGUUGCUGUGGUGGACAACCCAAUUCAGAUGCACUGCGAUGUGCACAGCUCAGGGAAACCAGUAAUAAAGUGGAUGUUGCCCGAUGGGUCUAAAGUUGAGGCCCCAUAUCAAAGCAGCGAUAACAGGAUUACAGUGUCUCCAUCUGGCUUGUUGGUGAUAACAGCUGUGGAUCACUCGGACUCAGGUGUUUAUUACUGUAUCGCAAUAGUGGGUGGUGAUAUAAGUAUUCUUCCCUUUCGUCUGACAGUAGAGGACUCUUCCACUCCAGCUCCUGGAAGUGAGGGUAUGGCUGAACCUAUGGCAGGAGUUGCUGGUGGGCCUGUUUCUCUUCCCUGUGUAGCCCUGGGUUCUCCUGAUCCAGAUAUAAAUUGGAUCCUGCCAGACAACACUAUUGUAAACACAUGGUCAAAUUUAUCCAGGAUGUUUGUGGCCUCAAAUGGAACUUUAAUCAUUCGCAACAGCCAACUCUCAGACAAUGGUUAUUAUAAAUGCGUGGCAGAAACUCAACAUGGUGUGGACUCACUAGCCACAAAAGUAACUCUGACGAGGCCCUCUGGAGGACAUCCUAUAAGGAAAUAUUCCAGUAGACCUCAGCCUGCAGAAGGAGUCUCAACCAAAAUAAAAGCUCCAAUAAACAAUUAUGUGGAGGCAUCUGGGGAUAAUGAAAAUGAAGGGCCUGAAGCAAAAGCUUUUGAACGAGUGAAUACCACUUAUAAAAGGAGGAUUCCAAAUGCUCCUGUACGGGGUGGACACCCAAUCAGAAAAGUGUGGAGACGUCCUCCCCUGCCAAGAAGACGAAUCAUCUCUAUGGGAGCUGACAGGAGUAAGCCGACAGAAACAAGGAGAAGAAUCAAUGUGUCAAAUGGCCAAAUAGAUCCAGAGCACUGGGCUAACAUUCUGGCAAAAGUCCGUAGUGGUGGUGAUAAUGCAAAAACAACUACAACUGUAAGUUCUGUUCUGACAAGCACAAAUAGACUGCAUCAGUUUGACACUGCUGUCACUAAGCAAUCGGGAUCUAUUAAGAGAAUGGAGGAAUCAAUACCGGAUAGUAGUACAACCAGAGCAACGCUACAAGAAACAUCAUACGCAGUCACAGCAUCAGAGACAUCCAUGCAAACCACUGAAGUCAGCCUAGAUAUAAAACCACUGGAUGCUGAAGAUCAAAUACACAUAACCUAUCAAAUCGCUGCUCCAGAAGUCAUCCAAGAUUCAGACUUGAUUGAUGUUGUAUAUAGCACAAUUGGUCCACAGCCUACUACUCUUUUGGUGAUAGAUCCAGAUAUUACCAAGUGGGAUGACGUGAGCACUGUUGAGAGCACGACUCCAUAUGGAACUCUUUUUCAACAAAACCAAAGCCACACGCUGGGAGGCAAAAAAACUGAAGCAAUUCCCAAGGCUAGAGGUGAUGUUGAUGACAAUGUUGGUGAUAAUGAAGAUAGCAUUUUAAAAAGACAUGGGAUUGAGGUUUAUCAAGGAAAGUCUGACCACAGUCCAAUGUCAACCACAUCUACAGCUUUUGAAGAAGAAAGCACAAAGAAUGAUUAUGCUACUCCUCAUUUAUUUUCCGACACUGCAAAAACUGCAUCACAAGAGAAAAAUAACAGUUCGCAAAUUCCACCAUUGACCACUAUGGCACCAGGCUCUCAAUCCAAUUUGGAACAUGACAAAGGAACACAUACUACCUCAGUUAAUCUUAAGCCUCCCUCGCAUGCUAGGGCAUCAUCCAAAUCAAGACGUAAGAAUAAUGGCAGACGAAGAAAGCUUAACAGAAUUAGAACAAAACCAAAACUGUCCAAAUCUGCAUACUUUAUAAAUAUCACUUCAAAGCCAACUACUUUAGCCAUGGGUUCUGAGAUCAUCAAAAUGACUGCCACAUCUGAGUCAAAAAUAGCAACAUUUACAGCGGCUAUUAGCAUUGGAACCAAAAUGGAUACCACUGUUCCAUUUACUGAUAACCAAGGAAUGUCACUUAGUGAAACAGUUCAUGAAAAGUGGACAGAUCCUUCAUUGGACAUCAAGAACAUCAUGUCCCCUGAUACCUCUGUCAAUGAGAAAGUGUCAGAAGUGGAGCAUCUACCACUGUUCUAUGCCACACCAGAUAAUAUAUCCCUAAACACUACAGUGUUUCCAGGGUCUUCAUCAACAUCCAUAGGUUUUAUAGGACAAUCAACCAUACAUACAGAAACCACUUCUACACCAUCUUCUCUAAUUCAAAACACUCCAUCUACUGACCAUGAGACAAUUAUAACCCUCCGUCCCCUGAUGAGAAUGCAUUUUGAAGAGGCACCAAGUGAAAGCACUACAGGGCAGCCCAGCUCAGGAAUAAAGUCUGAAACAUCCCCUGAGAGUCCUCAAGCACAAUCAGAAACAAUACCAGAUGCAGGUCUUGACAAAGCAGAAAAUCAAUAUCAGCUCUCAUUUAAAACUUUUUCCUCAUCUACAGUGAAAACCCAGCAUGAUAACAUUGCAAGCCAUGACUCAGAAAUCCCUAGCGGUUCAACAAAAACAAACAUCUAUGAGCGGGCUCCUGAGAAUUCUCAGGUUACAACAGACAGGCCCAUAACAUCUCAAAAUGCUCAACAAUCUGGUAUGGCCAUGACAACAAAACUAAACAGUGCUUCAUCUAAUGGAAAACAAGAAACAGCACCAGGUAGAAAGGCUGAAAUAGCAAAAGAAAAUACUGUACCUCUGAUGGAAGAUCAAAAGUACAGUAACCCUUUCACCACCCUGAAAACAACAAUCACAAUUCCUGCUACGACCCAAACACCAACACCACCAAAAACAUCGUCAACAACAACAAUGCCUCAAACAACACCAAAGAGAUGGAGACCCACUGUAAUCUAUCCACAUACAUCUUUCCAGAAUAUACCUUCAAUUUGGGGCAGGUCAGGUAUACCUGACAGUCCAAACCAUAUUCCUGACAGACACAGUGAAAGAAUUUUAAACCCAGAACAGGAUAUCAGGUCACCUAAUAGGAACAGGCCAACAGUAUUUCAUUCAACAAGUCUAUCAGAACAUAAUAAACCAGAUGUGACAGAUGUUGAAUUAAGCACCAAAAAGCCAAAACCACAAACCACACUUCAAGUUCCUACAACCACCCCUGAAGUCCUAGUUCUCCCUCCGAGACACACCCUUCCUGUGAACCCAAAUGGUAGUUCCUCCUUUGUUCACCAUCCUACAUCCACCUACAGUGGUCAUCAUUCUCAGCAAAAGCCAGGUAUCCCUGCUAAAAGAGAACGGCCUAAGAUUGCCAGCCCCAAUGUUAGUACAGUGACUGUACAGGCUGAAUCUGAUGCCCAUCUGCCCUGUGUGGCUGUUGGAGAGCCUAGACCCUUCCUCUCCUGGACUAAGAUCUCAACAGGAGCCAGCAUUUCUCAGAACACUAAGAUUCAGCGAUUUGAAGUCCACCCUAAUGGCACCCUCACAAUCCGCAAUGUCCUUCCUUUAGAUCGGGGACAGUACCUCUGCAGAGUCCAGAACCAGUAUGGACAAGACAAAUUGGUGGUCACACUGAUAGUCUUAGCUGAACACCCCAGGGUGUUCCAGCCACGCUAUCAAGAAAUAACUAAAAAUCUGGGAGAUACUAUUGAUUUGGAGUGUCGUUCCCAAGGAAACCCUCAUCCUCGCACUACGUGGGUGCUCCCUAAUAGGGUGAUAGUAUAUAAGGAGGCUUCUUCCCUUGGUACACAUGAACAUCGAGUUUCAGUUUUAGCCAAUGGCACACUCCGGAUUAAGUCUGCUACAUACACAGAUCGUGGGGUUUAUAAGUGCAUUGCUAGCAAUGCGGCUGGUGCAGACACUAUAUCUGUCCGUCUUACAGUUGCUGCUUUAUCUCCAGUGAUCCAACAACUGAAGAAUGAGAAUAUUACUCUCCUAGAAGGCAGCACUGUCUACCUGAACUGCAGUGCCAGAGGUGCUCCGCCCCCUACAAUAAGCUGGUCUAUGCCAAAUGGUGUGCAGCUUCGUUCUACAGAAUUUGUUAGUGGCCUCAACCUGUUUGUUUUCAACAAUGGGACCCUGUACAUUCGUGGGUUGGGCCUGGAAAAUGCAGGGAAAUAUGAAUGCACAGCUACUAAUACAGUUGGGAUUUCAUCCAGAGCUGUUAGUUUAACGGUGAAAAAAUCUAUCGCAUCAGCCAGAGCCAGGAUUACUUCCUCAUCUCCUCAGAAAACAGAUGUCAUCUAUGGGGGAAAGCUGCAACUGGACUGUGUUGCAUCAGGAGAUCCAGAGCCCAGGGUCAUCUGGAGGACUCCAUCCAAAAAGCUUGUGGAUAAUCAUUAUAGUUAUGACCCACGGAUCAAGGUGUUUGCCAACGGGUCACUGUCUAUCCACUUUGUAACAGAGAAAGAUGAGGGUGACUAUCUUUGUGCUGCACAUAACAAAAUGGGAGAUGAUUAUGCAUCCCUGAAGGUCAGUAUCUUGACAAAGCCAGCCAAGAUUGAGCAGAAGACACAGAUCAACCAGAAGGUGAUGUACGGGGGUGACCUGAAAGUUGACUGUGUUGCAUCCGGCCUACCAAACCCAAAGAUCCAGUGGGCUCUGCCUGAUGGCACUAUGGUUAACAACAUUAUGAAAUCUGACAGCAGCAGUGGUGGUCCAAGUAGUAGAUAUAUGGUUUUUGACAAUGGAACCUUAUUCUUUAAUGAUGUGGGGAUGCACGAGGAAGGCGAUUACACUUGUUAUGCUGAGAACCAGAUUGGCAAGGAUGAGAUGAAAGUACAUGUUAAGGUGGUGGCUGAUAUACCUGUGAUCAGAAACAAGACCUUUGAGGUAAUCAGGGUCAUGUAUGGAGAUUCAGCCUCACUGAAGUGUACUGCCAAAGGAGAACCUAACCCUCACAUACUGUGGUUCUCUCCAACAAACAGAGUGAUUCCUUCUGCCUCAGACAAGUAUUUGAUCCAUAAUGAUGGGACGCUGGUCAUUCAGAAAGUGCAGCGCUUUGAUGGUGGGAACUACACAUGUCUAGCCAGGAACAGUGCAGGGCAAGAUCGUAAAGUGACCAGGCUGGAAAUCUUGGUGUCACCUCCUGGUAUCAAUGGACUAAGAGGCUCCACAAACUCUUUGAAAGUAUCUGCAAUGAAGAAUCAAAGGAAACUGAUCCACUGUCAGGCUUCUGGUACUCCUGUUCCUCGUGUGCUAUGGGUUGUCCCAGACAAUGUUAUUCUGCCAGCACCAUACUAUGGAAGCCGGAUGACAGUCCAUCGAAAUGGCACUCUUGAUAUUCAUUCAUUAAGGGUAACCGACACAAAUAAAUUAACCUGUAUUGCUCGUAACGAAGGUGGGGAAGCAAGACUCAUAGUACAACUUGAUGUGAUGGACAUUAUAGAGAAACCAAGGCUCAAGAGUCCUAAAACAGAAUCUAUCACUCUAACUGUUGGCAGGACAAUGAUGCUAAAUUGUUCUUUUGAAGCUUCCCCAGUGCCACAAUUGACCUGGGUUCUUCCUAGUGGUUCUCCACUAAUGAGUGGCUCCCAAUUUAACAAGUUCUUCCACAGGUCUGAUGGGACUUUGGUAAUUACUAAUCCAGCUGUGUCAGAGGCAGGAACGUAUCGAUGUUUGGGGCGCAAUGCUGGCGGACUGGUUGAGAGAACUGUGGUGCUGACUCCAGGACGGAAGCCAGAGAUUAAUAACAGGUACAACUCACCUGUUAGUGUCAUAAAUGGUGAAAACCUGCAGUUGCACUGUCUGUCUACUAGUGACCCUGUCCGGAUUACAUGGACUUUGCCAAGUGGAGUUGUUCUAAACCGACCUCAACGGGCAGGUCGCUAUACUGUUCUACCAAAUGGUACUCUUUCCAUCCAGCAGGCUUCUGUGUACGACAGGGGCUCUUACACCUGCCGUGCCGCAAAUGAAUAUGGAAGCUCCUUGCUAACAAUCCCAGUAGCCAUAAUUGCAUACUCACCACGAAUCACCAGUGGCCCACCUCAUACUACCUAUGCUAGAAGAGGAGUUGCUGUUCAACUGAACUGUAUAGCUACUGGUAUCCCCAAGGCAGAAGUGGCAUGGGAGACUCCAGACAGAACAAGAUUAAUUGUCAGCACUCAGCCACGUCUGUUUGGAAACAAGUAUAUACACCCUCAGGGCUUCCUUAUAAUCCAGAACCCCAUGCCAACAGACACAGGUUUCUACAGAUGCACAGCUAGAAAUGUGAUUGGGGUUGAUUCAAAGGGUACAUACCUUCAUGUGUACUGAGAAGCAAUAAAUUCAGAACAUGCCCAAAGAUCUGCGAGGUUCAACUAAUCCAUAGAUUUAUUUCUAGCUAUUUUUCAAUGUCAACAUGACUUGCUAUCAUUCUAGGACAUGUUCUACUGUGUUUUUGGAAUCCAUAUCA